AUGGACGAGCUCGAGUCGCUAAUCGGUGCAGAUCGCUUCGUACUCUACGAGACCUGGACCCACGAGUCCAGCACCAUCUACCGCUUCCAAACCCUGGGAACAUGGAACUUCGACUGGUCCAGGACGACGGAAAUCAACUUCAUCUUCCUCAAAGUCCAAAUACCGACUUUCCGAAGCGCAGGCUACGACGCACUGGAAGCAACAGGCCUCGAACUCGACCCCGUCGCCAGACCAGGCCUGUUCAACAACGCGUUGCCGGGCGUGCUGCACCAGAAAUCCGCUUUUCGGGAGACAACCUCGGGCGCGGACAUUCUGGCCUUUUGCUGCCGCAAUCUGGACCAAGUGCGCAUCGCAGUGGGGGAGACCGUGCGCAUUCGUGUGUUCCUGAUCGUCUGGGAGCCGGAUGGGAGCAAGGAGCCCAGCUUGGACGGCCUUAAGGAGUUUGCGACCGAGACUUUCAGAACCGACGCUCUCAAAAAUGCAAUGCCGGCGCAGUUCAAGGCCAUUGCGAAGACGGCGUUGAGGGCCGACUUGGGGUGUCCGGAUAGUGGACGGCCGACUAGGAAUAUAGUUGAAGGCAGCGAAACGUCUGACUCCGACUCCGACAACCACCAGAAAGGUAAUCCAGUGAAGCAUGAUGUCAAGCUACAUCUAGCUCGAUUUCUUGCAGCACAUUAG